GCACACUUUCACAGAGUUUAUGCUCGGAGAUGGCGACUCUGGUUUCGAAUUGAACUAGUGUGGGAAGGUUUUUGAGGGUUUCGAAGUGUUGAGAAAUGGUGAACAGUGGAGAUUUGGACCAGGCUCUGCAAGAUGGGAAUAUAUUUAGACAGCUCAAUGCUCUAAUCGUAGCUCAUCUCCGUCAUCACAAUCUCUCACAGGCGGCAAGUGCGGUUGCAUCAGCGACAAUGACACCAUUGAAUAUUGAAGUUCCUCCAAACCGUCUUCUAGAGCUUGUUGCAAAGGGUCUUGCAGCGGAGAACAAUGGGACACUGAGAGGUCUUUCUUCAUCAGUCUUGUUACCCUGUUCUUAUGGAUCAAUCACUGCGCCUAGAACAGCUUCUAUCGACUUCAGUGUUACUCAUUUGAAAGGCUCUUCAAAGGCUAUUCCAAAGCAUGAAUCCAAGACCCUGUCAGAGCACAAGAGCGUUGUUAGGUGUGCAAGAUUUAGUCCUGAUGGAAUGUUUUUUGCAACUGGCGGUGCAGACACAUCAAUUAAGCUCUUUGAGGUGCCAAAAGUAAAACAGAUGCUUUCAGGAGAUACUCAAGCUCGACCGUUAAUACGGACUUUUUAUGAUCAUGCUGAACCAAUAAACGAUCUUGAUUUCCACCCUCGGAGCACAAUCCUAAUAUCCAGUGCCAAAGACAACUGUAUAAAGUUCUUCGACUUCUCGAAAACCACAGCUAAACGAGCAUUCAAAGUUUUUCAGGAUACCCAUAAUGUGCGCUCUGUAUCCUUUCAUCCAUCAGGAGAGUUUCUUCUUGCAGGAACCGAUCAUCCAAUUCCACAUCUGUACGACGUAAACACAUAUCAGUGUUUUCUUCCUCCAAAUUCCCCAGAUAACGGAGUAAAUGGAGCCAUUAAUCAGGUGCGAUAUUCUUCCACGGGAUCCAUCUAUGUUACAGCCUCAAAGGAUGGAGCUAUUCGACUCUAUGACGGGGUCAGCGCAAAGUGUAUACGGUCCAUUAACGGUGCACAUGGAAAGUCAGAGGUGACAAGCGCAGUGUUCUCUAGAGAUCAAAGGUUUGUUCUCUCGUCUGGUAAGGAUUGUACGGUUAAGUUAUGGGAAAUAGGUUCUGGUCGAAUGGUAAAGGAAUAUCUCGGAGCAAAGCGAAUAAAACUGAGGUCUCAGGCAAUCUUUAACGAAACUGAAGAGUUUGUAAUCUCCAUAGAUGAAGCAAGCAAUGAGGUUGUUACAUGGGAUGCCAGAACCGCAGAAAAAGUGGCAAAGUGGCCUUCAAACCAUAACGGAACACCGCGGUGGAUUGAGCACUCGCCGGUGGAACCCGUCUUUGUUACUUGUGGAACAGACAGAUCAGUUAGGUUCUGGAAGGAAUCCGUCUAGAAUAGAAUCCAAUGAAUCAAAGUAGUGUUUUUAUUUUCUUAAAACUUAAAGCAUACAUGAUACUACGAAAGUAUAGAAAUUCUGGAGACAGAUUUGCUUAUAAGAUAUUAUUUUGAAGA